UAACCUACGUCUUCGGCAUAAUGAUGGUAUCUCUGGGAUUUGAAUACUUCCACUUCUUCCUCGCCCAAAGCAUCGUCUGUCCCAUCGGCGCCAGCGCCGUGACGAGCGCGAGCAUGUCAUGUCUCGUAACGUGGUUCCAUCGCCGCCGCGCCACGGCCUUUGGGAUAAUGAUGUCUGGGUCAUCCGUCGGCGGCGUCAUCCUGCCCAUUAUGAUUCCGCGCAUGAUCGACAGUGUCGGGUUCCCGUGGGCGAUGCGUACCGUCGGUUUCAUGUUUCUCUCCCUUCUUGCGAUUGCUUGCUGUACCGUAAGGUCCCGCCUGGAACCACAGACGAAGCCAGUGGAUAUGAAGGAGUACUUCCGGGGCAUUCGGGAGCCUACCAUGAUGUUGUUGUUGUUGUUGUUGUAUUUAACGCCGUGGCGGCCGGGCUAGAGCCCUUACCGCAG